UUUUUUCAUGUCGCAACCACUGACUUGUGGCUCUAUAUAUUUGAAAGCAUCUCCAGGAAGUAUUGCAAUAAAAAAAAGAUAGCCCCCUCAUUUCUCAAGAACAAUAUAGCUGGCAACCACAGUUAGCAGCUAUUUGGGGGUGACCAUUCACUGACCAAUGUUAUCAAUCUAGGAUUACCAGCCACAUCUCAUCUUCAUACCACUGGAAGCAACCAUGGCCAAACUCCUUCCAGUGGAAUUAACAAGACCUACUUCAACAGCCAUUGGCGAAAACACGACAUUGGAUUACGCGGACUACAGUUUUUUGCCUGAUGGCGACUUUGGGACGUGUGUUUACGACAGACACGGAGCAUCUUUCAUUCCACCUGUCUACUGUAUAUUCUUCCUCAUGGGCCUUCUGGGGAACUCUCUGGUUGUCUGGGUCCUUGUCUGUGGAGUGCGGUUUUGCAACAUGACGGACGUGUGCCUCCUGAAUUUGGCCAUCGCUGACCUCUUGCUGGUCUGCUCCCUUCCCUUCCUGGCCUACCAAGCGAGGGACCAGUGGAUUUUUGGGGACACCCUGUGCAAAGUGUUCCUGGGGAUUUACCACAUAGUUUUCUAUGGCAGCAUUUUUUUCAUCGUGGUAAUGAGCAUCGACAGGUAUUUGGCAAUCGUGCACGCAAUUUACACCAUGAGGGCACGCACUCGCUCCCUCGGUAUUAUUGUCGCAGUUAUCACUUGGGUCGCUGGGUUUUUGGCCUCUUUUCCUGAAGUCAUCUACCUAAAAGAGAUGCCUGGCCGCAUGAACUCCACCUUCUGCUACCCUGUGUAUCCCACACCCACCUUGGACAAUGCCGACAUUCACUUCUGGCGGGUUUUUGGCAUCUUGAAAAUGAACAUUUUAGGCUUAAUCAUUCCCAUGUUCAUCAUGGCUUUUUGCUACUCGCAAAUCAUCAGGCGUCUGCUUUCCAGCCAGUCCUCGAAAAGACAGACCAUCCUGUUGGUGGUCAUUGUGGUGGCCGUCUUCUUCAUAUGCUGGGUGCCCUACAAUGUGGCGUCAUUGUUCAGAGCCCUGGAGAUGUUGCAAGUCUACACAGAGUGCAACAGCAGCAAAGUCAUCAGAUUGACUCUACAAAUCACGGAGGUCUUCGCUUACCUCCACAGCUGCCUCAACCCCGUGUUGUAUGUGUUUGUGGGGCAGAAGUUCCGAAGGAACCUGCUCAGGUUGAUCCACAGGACUCCAUGUGGUCUGUGCCAGCUUGUGAAGGUCUUCACACGUCAGCAACAGAUCAGCAGGUCCAACAUCUCCCAAACCACCAGCCUGGAUGAGAGGAGCACUGCUGUGUGAAUCGGGCCGUCCUUCAAUUUUGGAACAUUUCUCUUCUUUUACCUGUAUUAUUCGGUUCGACGUGUUCAACCAGCAGAUUUUCAUCCUACAGAGUUGUACGUUUUUAAGUUUAUACCCAACCAGCCUUGAGGACCACCUCCACAAAAUAAUGAAACUUAAUACAAGGACUGAAUCAUGUAUGAACACGCACGUGAAUACCUUUUGUCACAAUUGGGCAUCAUCAAAGUUUUUAUUUUAAAGAUUGUUUCAUGUAGUUAGUAGCUCCUGUAAUGGAUUUAGAUUAUGCUAAUGAUGCACAAGUAUUAUUGAAGUAGCCAGCAAGCAUUCAAUUUUGUUUUGCAAAAAGUGUCUUUAUAAUGGAAUAGUUUUUGUCUAAUUUGCUUGAUGAAGCUGAAUAUUUCACAAGGGUAACAUUUGUGCAAUCCUCAGCCAUGACAGGAAAUUGCUGCAGUGAAACACUCAUACAUACAAACCCAAUUUCAAUGUGCAAGUCAUGGUAAAAUUCGCCGCAGCAUCCAGCUGCAUGAAUUGUGCACCAAAACGUGUCAUUGCACCUUUGUCUGCAUCUGCUGCUUUACGCAAACAAAGGAAACCGCAGCAGAAAGAGAAAAAAAAAUAUUUUAUGCAAGUAUAUUUCUUUUGCAUCACUUACUGCAACGCAGACCUGCAAGUUAAGUUUUGUAUCUGUGCAGAAAGACAGUCACAAGCUCAGGCAUAUUCCUGGCAGGCCAAGAGGUGUGGUCCAUACCGAACCAAAGUUAUUGUAAUGAAUGAAAACUAACAAAAUAACUCAAGCUAAAGUUGAAAACAAAAUGAAGUAAAAACAAAAAUACUUAAAAAUGAAAAAGCAACUGAAGCUACAUCAUACUAUCCAUAAUUAUUGCACAAAUGUCCGAUGUUUUUGUCAAUGUCAACUAAUAUACGCAAGCUUUUGAGUUUCCUUUUGGUGUUGCUGUACAUCCCGAGAUACAGAAGAAAGAAGGUCAAACAGUUGUUUGAGAAUUGUCGUUUACUUUACAUACUUGGUGACCCAUUUUAAAAUCUUUCCCCCGAAAAAUACUCCAUACAUGUAGAAAUAAAGUAAAACUAAGCAAUAAAAAAACCCCAAAAAAA